AUGUUAUUUUCAGGAGGGAAUGAUUUAAAAAAUGCUCCAAGAAGUCUCGUGAGAGAAUUUGUAGAAAAAAAUAAUGGUCACACUGUAAUCACAAAAAUUUUAAUAGCGAAUAAUGGUAUAGCGGCUGUCAAAGAGAUUAGAUCUAUUAGAAAAUGGGCUUAUGAAACAUUUGGUGAUGAAAGGGCCAUACAGUUUACUGUGAUGGCUACUCCCGAAGAUUUAAAGAUUAAUGCUGAAUAUAUUCGUAUGGCUGAUCAAUAUAUCGAAGUACCUGGUGGUUCCAAUAAUAAUAAUUAUGCUAAUGUUUCAUUAAUCGUUGAUAUCGCCGAGCGUACGGGUGUUCAUGCUGUUUGGGCUGGUUGGGGACAUGCAUCCGAGAACCCUAAAUUGCCUGAAUCAUUAGCGCGGAGUAAAAAUAAGAUCGUUUUCAUCGGUCCUCCUGGUUCAGCGAUGCGUUCGUUAGGUGAUAAAAUAUCAUCUACGAUCGUUGCCCAAUCUGCAAAUGUACCCACGAUGGAUUGGAGUGGUAAUGGCGUCACCCAAACUGAAUUUGAUGAACAUGGUCAUGUUAUUGUUUCCGAAAAUGUGUACGAGAAGGCGUGCGUCAAGGAUGUGGAUGAUGCGUUAAAUGAAGCAAACAUCAUUGGAUUUCCUAUUAUGAUCAAAGCUUCAGAAGGUGGAGGGGGGAAAGGAAUUAGAAAGGUGGAAAAUCCAGAUAAUUUUAAGCAAGCAUUUGCUCAAGUUCAAGGUGAAGUUCCCGGUUCACCGAUUUUCAUCAUGCGACUUGCUCGAGAUGCUCGUCAUCUCGAAGUUCAAGUAUUAGCGGAUCAAUACGGUAAUGCGAUCUCCUUGUUUGGAAGAGAUUGUUCUGUUCAAAGACGUCAUCAAAAGAUCAUUGAAGAGGCUCCCGUUACGAUUGCAAAACAAGAGACAUUUGAGGCGAUGGAAAGGGCUGCUGUUAGAUUGGCUAAAUUAGUUGGUUAUGUUAGUGCGGGAACCGUAGAAUAUCUUUACAGUCAUGAGAAUGAUUUUUUUUGUUUUCUUGAAUUAAAUCCAAGAUUACAGGUUGAACAUCCUACGACCGAAAUGGUUUCAGGUGUGAAUUUACCCGCUGCUCAAUUACAAAUCGCUAUGGGAAUUCCACUUCAUCAAAUUCGUGAUAUUAGAGUACUUUAUGGGUUGGCGCCAAGUGGAACUUCCGAGAUCGAUUUUGAUUUUUCGGAUCCCGAGUCUCUUCAAACUCAAAGGAGACCUGCUCCAAAAGGUCACGUAAUAGCCGUUCGCAUAACGGCGGAAAAUCCUGACGCAGGAUUUAAGCCAAGUAGUGGUAUGGUGCACGAACUUAAUUUUCGUAGUAGCACUAACGUUUGGGGAUAUUUCUCGGUUAAUUCUGCCGGUGGCCUUCAUGAAUUUGCUGAUUCUCAAUUUGGUCAUAUUUUCGCUUAUGGUGAGAAUCGUCAACAAUCUCGAAAGAAUAUGAUUGUCGCGCUUAAGGAAUUGUCGAUUCGUGGGGACUUUAGAACCACAGUGGAAUAUUUAAUUAAAUUGCUUGAAACCCAAGCGUUCGAAGAAAACAGUUUUACAACGGGAUGGUUGGACAUGUUAAUAUCUGAUGAAAAUCUAACGGCCGAAAAACCCGAUAAAAUGUUGGCCGUGAUAUGCGGUGCGGUUACCAAGGCUUAUACCGCAGCCAUGGAAUCCAUUUUGGAAUAUAAAAGUUUCUUGGAGAAAGGACAAAUCCCUUGCAAGAAUGUCUUGCGCACCGUCUUCAUCAUCGAUUUUAUUUAUGAAGGGGUCCAUUAUAAAUUUACCGCUACCAGAUCAGCUCCAGAUUCUUUCACGCUAUAUUUGAAUGGAUCAAGGGUCCAAGUUUCUGUACGUGCUCUUACCGAUGGUGGGUUAUUAGUUUUGUUAGACGGGAAGAGCCAUACUUGUUAUUUCCGCGAAGAAGUUCAAGGAAUGAGGAUGAUGAUUGAUAGUAAAACUUGUUUACUUGAACAAGAAAAUGAUCCAACACAACUUCGUUCACUCUCUCCUGGAAAGCUUGUGAGAUUUUUGGUGGAUUCUGGUGAUCACGUAAAAAGAGGUGAUGCUUACGCUGAAAUCGAAGUGAUGAAAAUGUAUAUGCCGCUUAUCGCAACAGAAGAUGGUAUCGUUCAAUUUAUAAAGCAACAAAACUCGACACUUGAAGCCGGUGACAUUAUUGGUAUCCUCACCCUUGAUGACCCAAGUCGAGUUCGUCACGCGUUACCUUUUGAGGGACAGCUUCCUGCAAUGAAUCCGCCCGUUAUAGUCGGCGACAAAGCUCAUCAGAGAUAUUGUGAGGUCAAGUAUAUCCUUGAAUGUAUAUUGGAUGGUUAUGAUAAUCAAGCAAUGUUACAGAGUAGCGUCAAAGAAUUAAUUGAACUUUUAGAAAAUCCUGAUCUUCCUUAUUUAGAAUCUCAUGCAGUACUUUCAGCGCUCUCCGGAAGGAUCCCAGCCAAGCUUGAAACGGCUUUAAUGAGAGUCUCUAACGAGACCCAAAGUCAAAGAUUAGAGUUUCCUGCAAAACGAUUAAAAGAAAUGAUUGAUAAUUAUUCUCUCGAUUUUGUAAAUCCUUCAGACCUUUCAAGUUUUAAUUCUGUGAUCACUCCCGUGAAUGACAUUCUUGAGCGAUAUAUUUAUGGUCUGAAAUACCUAAAGUGGAAUGAUAUCACUUAUUUGUUAAACAAGUAUCAUGACGUUGAAGUUUUGUUCUCGAAUUCGGACAAACGUGAAGAAGAAGCUGUCCAUGCUUUACGUGACAAAUACAAGAAUGAUCUUGACAAGGUCGUUGAUAUUGUUUUGUCACAUUCCAAAGUUGAGGCAAAGAAUAAUCUGAUCUUACACCUUUUAGAUCAGAUCAGGCCCGCAAAUGUUGGACAAGCCCUUGACAGGUUCUAUUCACCGAUUUUGAAAAAAUUGGCGGAGCUUGGAGGACGUUUCACAACUAAAGUUGCAUUGAAAGCGCGUGAAUUGUUGAUUCAUUGUCAUUUACCUUCUUAUGAAGAAAGGUACGCUCAGAUGGAACAAAUAUUGAAGGCCGCAGUUAUAGAGAGUCAUUACGGAGAUGAUGGUUAUGAUUAUCGAACCCCAAGUUAUGAUUCUCUCAAAGAAUUAAUUGACACGCGAUUUGCAGUUUUCGAUGUUCUUCCGAAUUUCUUUUAUCAUCAAGACAGUUGGGUUGGACUUGCCGCAUUAGAAGUUUACGCCCGACGCGCUUAUCGUGCCUAUCAACUUAUAAAUGUUGAAUAUCACACAGAUCAGGCCCCAUUUAUGGUCUCUUGGAACUUCUUGCUUCAUACUGCUAUGACUGAUAAUCCAUCUGCUUCGGUCGAAAGUCCUUCAUUUUUUAGCAUGAGACGUUCAGGUUCAAUAUCAGAUUUAAGUUAUUUGAUUCCGAAAACCGAGAAUGAACCGCUUCGUGUUGGCGCCAUGAUUUCCUGCACUUUGAAUGAAGAAAUAGAAAGAAAUAUACCGCGAAUUUUGAAACUUUUUCCAAAAGUACAAACCGUUCAAGGAUGGCAAUCUCAGGAUCCAUCAGAUAGGAACAAUAUAAAUAAUGUUUUGAACAUCGCUUUAAGGCUGGAAGAUGAUGCUAUAGAGGAUGAAGCUUUGAAAAAACAACUCAAACCCCUUAUACAACGACAUUCUUAUGAAUUACGUGAACAUGGGAUACGACGUAUUACUAUUGUCCUAUUUCGAAAAGGUCAAUAUCCUGGGUAUUUCACGUUCCGUGAAGGAGCUGAUUAUACCGAGGACCAAACAAUUCGUCACAUCGAACCAGCCAUGGCUUAUCAGCUUGAGCUUACGAGGUUAUCCAAUUUCGAUAUUACACCUUGCUUUACUGAUAAUCGACAGAUUCACGUUUAUUACGCCGUUGGUAAAGAAAAUACUUCAGAUUGUAGAUUCUUCAUUCGAUCCUUGGUUCGUCCUGGUCGGUUGCGAAAUAGCGUGCGUACGGCAGAUUAUCUAAUCUCCGAGUCCGACAGAUUAUUGAAUGAGAUUUUGGAUUCCCUUGAGAUCGUUAGUUCAGAACAUAAGAACUCCGAUUGCAACCAUUUAUUCAUAAAUUUCAUCCCAACAUUUGUGUUGGAACCAAAACAAGUUGAGGAAGCCGUUAAGGGAUUUAUUGAUAGGCACGGCAAAAGAUUGUGGAGGUUGCGUGUUACCGGAGCCGAAGUUCGUUUCAAAGUUGAAGACCCUACAUUAGGAACAAGUUAUCCUUUACGUGUUAUCAUUAAUAAUGUCUCCGGGUAUGUGGUUAAAGUAGAAACUUAUCAGGAGGUGAAAACGGAACGUGAAAGUUGGAUUCUUAAAUCAAUUGGUCAACAGGGUUCAAUGCACUUGCAACCAACCAACACACCUUAUCCAACGAAAGAAUGGCUUCAACCAAGGCGUUAUAAGGCUCAUUUAAUGGGUACCACCUACGCUUACGAUUUUCCCGAAUUAUUUCGUCAAGCUAUUAGAAUACUAUGGAAUCGUGCAUCUCAUCAUAGUCCAAAUCUUAAAUGUCCUAGCGAUGUUUUGGAAGCCAAAGAACUUGUGCUUGACGAGAUGAAUAAUUUACAAGAAGUGGAUAGAGCUCCGGGAACGAAUUCAUUUGGCAUGGUUGCAUGGAUCUUUACGCUUUUUACCCCCGAAUAUCCCAAAGGUAGAAAAAUUGUCGUGAUUGCAAAUGAUAUCACAUAUCAAAUUGGUUCUUUUGGACCUAUAGAAGAUCAAUUUUUCUACAAAGCAACCGAAUUGGCAAGGAAAUUGGGAAUACCGAGAGUAUACUUGUCAGCAAAUUCUGGUGCAAGGAUUGGAUUGGCGGAAGAAGUUAUGAAUCAUUUUAACGUUGCAUGGGUCGAUAAAGGAAAUCCAAGCAAAGGUAUCAAAUAUCUUUAUCUCGAUUCAGAGACUUAUAAGCAAUUGCAACAAAAUGGAAGGAAAUCCGUUAUCGCAGAAGAAAUAGUUGAGGAAGGAGAGACACGACAUAAAAUCACCGAUAUUAUUGGAUCAAAAGAUGGGCUUGGCGUUGAAUGUUUGAAGGGUUCGGGAUUAAUCGCUGGGAUAACAUCGCGUGCAUACGAGGACAUUUUCACAAUAACGUUAGUUACUUGUCGUUCAGUCGGUAUCGGAGCUUACUUAGUAAGAUUGGGACAGCGUACUAUUCAAAAUGAGGGUCAACCCAUAAUAUUAACCGGAGCACCAGCAUUGAAUAAGGUGUUGGGAAGAGAAGUUUAUACGGGGAAUCUACAACUCGGAGGCACACAAAUUAUGUUCAAGAAUGGUGUUUCACAUCUGACUGCACAAAAUGAUUUGGAAGGCAUUACAAAGAUAAUGCAAUGGCUUUCUUAUGUUCCAGCCGUUCGAAAUUCUCCUGUACCAAUAUUUAUGAAUUCAGAUACUUGGGACAGGGAUGUUAAUUAUAUGCCCCCCAAAGGGCCAUACGAUCCAAGAUGGUUAAUUGCGGGCAAAUAUGAGAUUGAAAGAGAUCCCAACAGUUGGGUUAGUGGAUUUUUUGAUAAAGGAUCCUUUGUUGAAACAUUAAGUGGAUGGGCGAGGACCGUUGUUGUUGGACGAGCACGUCUUGGUGGAAUUCCAAUGGGUGUUAUAGCGGUUGAAACUCGUACCGUCGAAAGCAUAGUUCCAGCUGAUCCGGCUAAUGCGAAUUCUCAUCAGCAGUUGAUGAUGGAAGCCGGACAAGUUUGGUACCCUAAUUCAGCUUAUAAGACUGCUCAAGCUAUUAAUGACUUUAACAAAGGUGAACAAUUGCCCUUGAUGAUUUUUGCUAAUUGGCGAGGAUUUUCAGGAGGUCAAAGGGAUAUGUUUCAAGAGAUUUUAAAAUAUGGAUCUUAUAUCGUGGACGCACUUACUAAUUACAAGCAGCCUGUAUUUGUUUAUAUUGUUCCUAAUGGAGAACUACGUGGUGGUGCUUGGGUUGUAAUAGAUCCUACCAUUAACGAAGAUAUGAUGGAAAUGUACGCCGAUACAAAAUCAAGAGCUGGUGUACUUGAACCCGAAGGAAUUGUAGAAAUUAAAUUCAGAAAGCCACAAUUGCUCGCAACAAUAGAAAGGUUAGAUGAAACUUACCGUAGCCUUAAGAAAUCAUUAAAUGAUCCGACAAGAACUGAAUUACAAAAACGAGAAAUUAAAUUACAGUUGGACGCAAAAGAACAAGAAUUGUUACCGAUAUAUUCACGAGUAGCUCUUCAAUUUGCAGAUUUACAUGAUACACCAGGAAGAAUGAAAUCCAAAGAAACGAUAAGAAAAUCGUUAGAAUGGAAGGAAUCUAGGAGAUUCUUUUAUUGGCGAGUGCGAAGGAGGUUACAUGAAGAGUACAUAUUUAGAGAUUUGAUUAAGGCAAAUGAUAAAUUGACUAGAAACGAGAUGAAACAAUACUUAAUAAAUUGGUAUAAAAAGGACAAUAAUAUUGAAGAUGACAAUUAUGAAUUUGAUUGGGAAGAAUCAGAUGAAGAAAUUGAAUUAAUUGAUGAAUUUGGGGAUUUAUCAUCGACUUUUGAAUGA